AGAAACACAGUGCAAGAACAUGUAUUUAAACUCUUCCUGUAUAAAUAUUCGUCACGGACGACUGAAUAGAACAGGCUAGUGUCCAUUUUGCAAUUUACAAUCAUAAAAGCUGUGAAAAAGAACUACAGUACAACGACAGAACGAAGGCUGGGCUGUGUGGAUGUGGUUGGGAAAUGGAGGAAACAACAUCAAUCGGGAGAACGCGUGCUCGCUCCAUCUUUGGCAAACUAAUUGCGGCGGUUCUUGUGGCCAUCAUUCCUUAUGUACAUAUAGGUGUCAUCCAUAAGCUGAUUUGGGUCCCUAACAAGCCCCCAGUCAACAAGACACACUGUCGCUGUGACUGCUUUGAUACAGUUUUCAAGGGUUCUUAUGAAAGACAAGGGAAAUCCACAUACAAACAUGUUUAUUUCAAUGCAACUUUUGAAAUGCUGGUCGUUUGGUUGAUGACGCUUGGUGUGAUUAUUGUGUCGUACGAAUCAUUCAAACAUAUCCAUAAUAUAUAUUGCAAGAAACUCAUCAGGUGGAAAAUGUUAUUUCUAUUCAUAUUAGAUAUUUACCCAAACUAUUAUUCUUAUUGGGUGUAUGUGAAUUACAUCAAUGAUGGAUAUUAUCAUCAGUUUUUCCACCAAUUGUUCUUCACGGUAUCGGAACUAUAUUCUACGUGGAAUGUCUUCCGGUUGUGUUCCAAGAAUUCGGAGUCAAAUUCAUGGCGACUAUUAGCCAUAAUUUCUAUAAGUUUAAUUCAUAUUCUACUAGGAGGCGUUGAUCAAUUUUUCACACAAUUAAUACUGUGGCGUGGCAACGCUUUUCAGAGAUUUAGGAACUUGGGUUUUCUUUUCCCUGACAUAUUGCACGUGCUACUUGCUGUUCAGUUACUGGCGGAGGAACGACAGACAAGCUGGACAAAUAUCCUCACCAUGACCGAGAGGAAGUAUGGAAGUAUUCUCGUUUUGAGUGGAUUUCUCAUUGGAAAAUGUAUCUUUCAAUGAAUGAUAGAUACUAGAAAACCAUUGUAUUAUCUAAAAUAAUGUAAAAAUAUACUAUAAUAUAGUGAUUUAUAUUGUU